AUGUAAUCACUAGUGUUAUCGGCUAGACUUCCUUCGUCUCCCUUAUUGCACAAAAAGAAGUCUUCAGAUUUUCAGACUCUCCACUCCAAUUUGACCAGAGUUCAGUCUCCAUCUGGCAACAAAGCCAAUCAAGCAUUUGGUAGAUGUCAGACUGUCAAAACUUUGAACAGUGAAAGAGACCCAGUGGAACUAACCAUCACGUUGAUCUUGGAUGGCCAGAAAUCGAUUGUGCCCAUAAGCAUUUACUUGAAUACUACAGAUUUAUAUAAGAAAUUAAUAGCAAAGGUACUGCAAGUGAAUCCAGCCAUUGUAAAUAAAAUAAAACACUUUCAAACCCAUUCCAGUGUCAAGAAUUAUAACAUUGAUUACUACUUAUCGCUCGAACUAUAGCCGUUAGAAGUAUUUGAAGAAUAAAGACAUUUGAAAUUAGAACCUUAUUAUUCAAACCCAGUUGGACAGCAAAUGAGUAUCGAAGAUUACGACAUCCUGAAAUGCAUCGGCGUUGGUGGAUUCUCAAGAGUCUAUUUGGUAAGGAAACGAGACAAUGGCUUGUUUUAUGCCAUGAAACUCAUCGACAAGAACUUCAUUCUCAAGUCUAACAAGGAAAUAAUCAUUUGCAAUGAAAAAUAUGUGAUGGAACAAUUAAAUUCUCCGUAUUUGGCCAAACUAUUCUACUCUUUUGAAACUAAAUUCUAUCUAGUCUUUGUGAUGGAAUAUUGUGCAGGUGGUGAACUCUUCUAUCAUCUGAGAAAAUGGAAAAGACUAUCAGAACCAUUGGCAAAACAGUAUUUUGUUUAGGUUUGUUUAGCCAUCAACGAGUUGCAUAAAUUCGGGAUUGUCUACAGAGAUAUCAAACCUGAAAACAUAUUAUUAGAUUUAGAUGGGUAUAUAAGACUAUCAGAUUUUGGAUUAUCUAAACCUAAUAUGAACAGAGAUGAGACAGCCUAUUCAUUUUGUGGAUCACCUGAGUAUAUGUCACCUGAGAUGUUAAAGAGGGAAGGACAUAAUUAUAUGGUGGAUAUUUAUUGUUUAGGUGCAUUACUUUAUGAAUUUAUAUUUGGAUCGCCUCCUUUCUAUUGUAGAAACAUAGACUAAAUUUAUAAUAGUAUUUUGAAUGAUAAACUCUAAUUUCCUCCAUUUAAAGACAUCAAUCCCGAUCUGAAGGAUUUGAUUUCUAAAUUAUUAAUAAAGGAUCCUGCCAAACGUCUGGGAGCAUAAAAUGGUAUCAAAUCCAUCUUAUAACACAAAUGGUUUCAGGAUUGCGAUAUUGAAGGACUAGUUAAGCGAAAAUGUGAGAUCAGUUAUCGUCCAAUGCCGUUAAGGUAUAACUUCGAUGAAUUGGAAUUCAGCAAAGGAGAUUAUGAAUUUUAGAAGAAGCUCUACGAAAAUUUAAGAAUAGAAAGAACUAGUAAAUUCGCUCGUUCAUUUCCGCAUUUUGAAUAUGUGAAUAAAAGGAUAGUGGAUCAUAGACAGAAUAUUCUAGACCAGCUAACAAAGUCUAGAUAGAUUCAAGGACAAUAAGGAUUGCCUAAACAAUAAUAGAAGACUCAGAUUUGUUUAUCACCUGUGUCAUUGGUGAAAGAACAUUCGAAUAUUUAAUCGUUGAUUUCAGGAUCCUUUAAGUAAUCAUCUUAAUUUAAACGUUUCAAUACAGAUGUAGAUCUGAAAUAAUUGAUGAGAAAGGUUUGA